GAUUAUUUAUACUGGCGGCAACUAUAACAAAAGAAAGUCUCAAAAUAGCUGAGUUGAUAUGAACACAAAAACAUAUUAUCACAGGAAGGCAGAUCAAUUUAGAAAGGUCAAAAGAUAACACGUUGUUCUAACCCGGGACAAAUAGCUGUCAGUGUGGCACUUCACUUACAUCACAGUGUUACGGCCGUGCUGAUUGGUCAAUUCAGCGACUAUUUCAACUGUGAUUGGUCACUCUUUCUUCAGGGUGUCGAUUGUGAUUGGACAAGAUGAGUUUACCCAGUUCCCUCCUCAAAACACGAGGGAAAUAACAACAACUCCCCGUGGCCCACCGCACAACCUUUACCUAUUUAACCCGCGGCGGUUUGACUUUUUAAUCACAUCGGGUUUUAGCUGCUGAAUGAGAGACUUUGUAACGUUACCUGCGACGAAAAGGCGACUUCUACCAUUAGUUAGAAAGCUGAAAAACAGUCAUCAGACAAAGUCCAUUAUCCUAAAGACAGCAUGAGGCAUCAUUAAUAAAAUAUGAUCUCCGCUCCAACAGCAAAGUGUUAGUUAUUCAGUUGCCGUUCAUAUCUGAGAGUGGACUUUGUUUCACGCGCUUCCCUGCGACCUUCGGCCCACCUGACGUACUCCGCUAUGUUUCCUCUUGACACGCCAUGGAACAUCUCGUUUGCAGGUUGUGGGUUCCUCGGCAUCUACCACGUCGGUGUUGGCAGCUGUCUGCUGGAACACGCUCCUUUUCUGGUGCAGGACGCCCGGCACAUAUAUGGGGCGUCCGCUGGAGCCCUCACCGCCACUGCUCUGGUCACUGGGAUAUGUCUGGGUGAGGCUGGUGCAAGUAUCAUCGAUGUUGCCAAAGAGGCGAGGAAGAGGUUCCUCGGACCCAUGCAUCCUUCUUUCAACCUGGUGAAGAUUAUGCGCCACAUGCUGCAGAGGACUCUGCCAGCUGACUGCCACCAUGAGGCCAACGGGCGGUUAGGAAUCUCUCUUACCCGAGUGUCAGAUGGAGAAAAUGUCCUGGUGUCACACUUCAACAACAAAGAGGAGGUGGUGCAGGCAUGUGUCUGCAGUGCCUACGUCCCAGUGUAUUGUGGCCUCAUCCCUCCCACACUGCAAGGAGUGCGAUAUGUAGACGGAGGGAUCUCAGACAACCUGCCUCAGUAUGAGCUGAAAAAUACCAUCACUGUGUCCCCGUUCUCCGGAGAGAGCGACAUCUGCCCCAGAGACACCUCCACCAACAUACACGAGCUGCGAUUCACCAACACAAGCAUCCAGUUCACUCUCACCAACCUCUACAGAGUCUCCAGGGCCCUUUUCCCUCCAGACCCGAUGGUUAUGAAGGCCAUGUGUAAACAGGGAUAUCAAGAUGCUCUGCACUUUUUAAAGAGGAAUGGAUUGCUUCAUUUUAAUGGACCUCACAGAGCGUGGCCUCAGCUGGCUAAUGGUGAAGAAAAUGAGAACUGUAAUGAGGAGGACAACAACAAUGAUGAAGAGGAAGAACAGCCAAAUGUGGAAGAGAGAGCAGUCAUGGUUCAUUGCAGUUCCUCCAAAGAGGAGAAUGUCAUUGAACACCUUCCACCCAUUCUGCACAAAGCUCUAAUCGAGGCCUGCAUGGAGAGGAGGAGCCUGAUGCAGUCGCUAAGCAACCUGCUUCCUGUCCGGAUGGCCUCAACUAUGAUGCUCCCCUACACUCUCCCUCUGGAGUCUGCUUUGUUCCUGAUUCUCAGACUUCUGGAGUGGCUGCCAGAUGUGCAAGAAGAUGUUGGAUGGAUUCGAGAUCAGCUGUUAAGAAUCCUACAGCAUGUUUUUCGCCAGGCCUCCAAAAGCAUUUCCCAGCAAAUAUCUGCCAGGUUUUACUGGCAGCUGGAGUUUCGCCGCUACCAGUGCCUCCCAUCCCAGUUCAGCUCCACCAACCUGUUUCCCAACUGGGUUAAUGAGAGCAGUUCUUCAGUUCUGGAUGUCUUCACGCGCCUUCACCGGUACAAGAGGCAGCUGCUGUCCGGAGAGCUGUGCAUCAACAUGGACCUGCAAGGCUCCUUCAAAACGAGCCCUCCCUCCAGCUUGUCCCCUGAAGGCCUCACGAUGGUUGUGGUUGAUAACACACCUGCUGUGGACUCUGGAGAAACCUGCAACAGCUCCUGAGAGCUUCCGCCGGCUUUCUGCUGCAGAUGCUUCAGCACUGAGGUUCAGAUGGACUUAUUCUAGAUCCAGGAACAUUUCUAAAGAAUUUGCAUC